UUACCUCAGCUUCUUCUGGUGUAAGAUGUUCCUCCUCAGCAGACUCAUAGUGUUCCUCUUCAUCCCCCGAACACCCCAUCUCAUCUUCCUCCAACAAUGCCUCAUCUACUUUCCUUCCACUAGACCUUGCUAAUGGCGGGCUGUUUUUAUUCAAUUCAUCUAGUUUUUCACCUUCUACUGACCCAGUAACACUACAACCUUGUUUCUCAGUCUCUACAGACUCACUAACACUACUACUUAUGUCACAGUCUACGUUUUCUUUGGUAUUUAGACCACCAUUAUUGCUUUGGUCUAUAAAUUUUUGGUCGUCUUUUGCCAAACAACUUGCUUUAUUUCUAUCUAUAUUAUCAUCACUUGAGAAUGUUUUCGCGCCAUUUUCAUUCCCUGUAACAAUGUCUUUUUCCUCACAAGAAAUCGUUUCACUUUCCUUUUCUUUUGAUGGCAAUUCUUCUGACAGAUUCGUUUCGAAUUCUUUGUCAGAAGUCGCCAUAUUUUGAAAACGAGAACUGUAAUAUUUCAUGUUACACCAAGUAUUAAGAAAUUUUGUCCACUGAUCUUAGAAGGCAUCUGGAAUCUGGAUAGACAUCUAUUGUGAUGAUGUUUACAGUGUAGAGUCUCUUUCGUUUAUUCGUAAAAUUUGUGUUUUUUUCAUCGGUUUCUGGUUCAUUAUGGCACCUAAUAUUAGAAUAGAGGAUUUAUUUCAUCGUAGCAGGUAAUUUAAAAUUGUAUAUUUAAUAAUUUGCAAAGAAACGACGUGUUUAUUUUAAGGAGUACCGAGUACGUAUAUUUGACAUUCAGUCAUUGACAUAACAUCUAUAUAUUAAAUAAAUAUGUAAUUAUUAAAUUAUUAGCUUUGUUUACGUUUUCCUGAAAGGGAAAAGGUGUUUGUGAGCAUCUAGAAUGGUUUCUUUUAAUACUGUGCCAGCAAAAUAUAAACAAGUGAAGGGUCGUCUACAAGCAUGACACUAUGAGAACAAUAGCCAAUUACGUACUAGAGUCAGUAAUGUAACAGUAUUUUCAAUCAUGCAUUGUUAAAUUCUCAAAUUGCCCUGACAAGGAUAAUCUAUCAAGAUGCAUCAUUUGUCUGACAUCCACCUCAAUAUAAACACAAGAGUAGUGUAUAUUAAAAGCUUAGAUAGAAGAAUAGUGUUAGCUAACUAGAGAGUGUUAUCUAUAUUGGCUAGAGUACUGAAGGAAAUAUGAAUAUACUUAUGCAAUAUUGGUUUAUUGGUGAAAAUCUGUUAGUUCGCCUAAUACCAUUCUCCAAUCAGAGUUGACGUCAUCAAUUUUCCAGCUCACUAUCUACAGAUCUUUGCCAAAAGUGGACCCCAGAAUUGUAUUAGUUAUGGCUUUUGGAAUUUUUUCCCCUAUAUACUGGAAUUUCCACUGCAGUGAAAAUGUGGAAUGAAAAAUUGAUGACACAAACUUGAAUUGGGGUUAUAUAGAUCAUCCAUCAAUAGGAAUGCAAGUUUAUUUCUGUAGGUGAACCAUGCAGAUAUUUCAUAUCAACAAAUGAAUAUAACUAUUUGUCACAUUGAUAAUCGGACAGAUCCCAUCUGGCUAUGAAUCUCAUGUUUAUUUUUGUUUCAGGUUUCCAAAAGGUCUGGCAAUAAUUUUCUUACCAUUUUACAUUCCUCUUGGUUUUGUUGUCAUGGUGAUUCGCAUAUUCUUUGCAUUCCAAUUAUAUUUAGUAUUAUCUCUAGUGCCAAAAUCAUGGCUUAUCAGACGGUAUGUUCAACACAAAACCUUUUGAUAUCUUACCUUAAUGAGUGAUGCCAGUCUGGUCCAAACACUGCAGUUAUAGCUACUGCUGUACCACUUUCACCAGUGGUGCCAUCAACUGGUUAAAAUUGUCUGAUUUACUAUUUCCUACCAUCUGAAGCAUUUAUCAAUCUGUAGUUAACCAUUGGUUACCAUUAGUAACCAUCUAUUGCCAAUGGUUGCCAGUACCAUUAUUUAGAACUACUAACCAUCUGUGUCAAUUGUAUAUAUAUAUAAUUUAUAUACUAUAUAUAAUCUUUUUCAAGUGCAUAAAUUCAAAAAAAGUGUAAGCACUAUUUUAAGCACGUUUUUAUUAUUUUAGAUUAUCAGUUUUUAUCUGUUUUAUUUUUUAAAUUAUUUUAGGUUAUUGUUACGUAUCUCUGGUGCUCUAACAGGAUUGAUUGUAACUCAAGAAGGCCUGGAUAUUGUACAUAGAACAGAUUACAAAGUACAUAAUUAUAAUAAAAAUCCCAAGAAAUUGUUUCAUCCACGUUCACCUUUAGUACAAGCUGUAAUUCUAAUACAUUUUCAAUUAGUGUUGCAUUGAACUAUUAUAUGAUAGAACAGUCUGUUUUUUUGUUAUCUAGAUGAUAGUUUCAAAUCAUAUAAGUCAUAUAGACAGUGUUGCUUUUGAGUCUUUACUAUCCUGCUUUAUGGUGAGAUGUCAAUUAUGGGAAUGGCUAAUGAUUUCUUUAUUUUCAAUUUAUGCACCUAAUUAUAUAGUAUUAUAUCUUAGAUGAUGGUUAAAGUGUGAAAUAGAUUUUGCCCAACUUUUCAGAAUGCAAAUAAAAACCGAAUACCAACAUUCUUAAGAUGGAUUUUGAAAUAUGAUGAAGUAAAACCAGAUGAUGCUGUUCCUGCCUUGGUUUUUCCUGAAGGAGCUAGUACUAGUGGCACAAGUGGUCUUUUAAAGUUCAGGUGUGUUGUAAUCUAAUGUCAUUAAUUGAUAAAUAUAUAUAUUUUCACUGAAAUUAAAUUGCUUUUACUUUCUCAUUUCUUCCAGCUCAUGGCCAUUUGACACAAAGAAUGAACCGUUUGUCCUGGUACUUACACCUCUUAGUACUUAGACCACAUAGUUUUAUCAAUUAGAGAUGAACUGUUACAUUAAUCCUUACUUAUGCGCUCUAAUGUCUAAUUACUUUAUAUAGGCAUUAAUAACUGUAUCAAGACCGUAUUUUGUACAGAUUGCUCCAGUAAGUUGUUCUCACUUCACUUUACUUCAAGUAAAGUCAAUUUCUUAUGCGCUGAAGUCCAGCCAGAACUAAUUUAUUUUAUAAGACUAUUUUGGAAUUUUUUCAACAUUUAAUGAGUACAUAUUUGUGCUUUUAGUCAGUUCUUGGAGGAAAUUGGUGGAGCGACUUUCUAUGGCUUUUAUUUACUCCUUACAGUCAUUUUAAAAUCAGGUACACUAUUUCAAGAAAAGAGAAAUGAAAUUGAGUCUUAAUUCUUUGUUUGGUGUAGUCUUUCUUAGUAAUUCUCAUGUAAUUCAUCUAUUUUCCCUUGCACGCCCUAAUAAUGUUACGUUAGAUGCUAAAAUGACUAGAGAAAGCCACAAUAAACAGCCGCAGGUGUAUUUACCGGUGUCCACAAGCAAGCGGUGUGCAUUUCCUAUAUUGUCACCAGCCAUUCCCAAAUUGGAAUGUAUUUUCAUGACAUGACUUAAUUGGGAACACACAAUUUGGCUGUAGCUAACACCCCGAGUAAGCAUACAGACAACAACCAAACUUUCUUGAUUCGUGGAACUUGGCAGAAGGGCUACAAUACACAGGCUCCCUCCUUCAGUGCUAAACAUCUGAAAAAUCUAAAUCCCCUCUAGAAAUGAAUCCAGACAGGAUUUUCUACCGGUAUUCUAUAGGCCUAUUGCAAAAUUAACGAACCUGUAAAGAUCUGUGUGGAGUCAUGUAUUCUAAACCAUGUCUGGCUUUUGUAGGUUUGUUCAGCCUCCUAAGAGAGAAGAUGAAUUAACUAAUGAAGAAUACAGUAUUAUAGUUCAGAAUGUAUGUUGAAUAAAAAGCUUUUGGAUUAUAUAUCUAUUCUUUAAACUGUUAGUACAUAUAGAAUAUAUCUAAUUUGCAUGGCUACGAGUUAUAGGUUAUAAAAUAAUCUCAAACACGUCUCGUAGUAAUUGCAUUCAACGCGUCUUAGCCUUCCAGAUUAUAAUGGGUACCGUUAGUUGAUAUUACAAAAGACCAAUGGUUGUGCUAAAUUAUCAGAGAUACAGUUCAGACAGACGAUGAAUCUACAGUAUUCCACAGAAAAUAUAAUUAUUUAAUGGAUGUUCUGCUUUUUUGUAUUUUUCUAGUUCAUGGCUACCAAACUUGGGAUAAGUGCAACAAAAUUCGAUGCAAAAGAGAAAAUAGAAUACGCGAAGAGAUAUUUUUAUGAGCGAGGUACUUUCACUGUAGGGAAUAUCUUUUCAGAGAAAAAAACACAACACAACCAUUAAUACUAGUAUCAUUGGGAAAAGAAGUGACCCGUACCAAAACUAAGGAAGAAAAAGGUUUCAACAGCCGAGUUUUCACUACUCAGACUGAGUCUUUAAUUAUUAACCAUUUUCCAUUGACAUUAUUGCCUAUUGUGGGAAGAAAUCCACCCUUUCGAAAUGAGAGCAGAGAACUCCAGAAAUAACUAAUAUAACCCUGAUUUUAGAACAAACCUCUUGAUUUACUUGUCGCUUCAUUUUGUUGACUUGCAGCUCGUGAAAGAAGAGAACGAGCUGCAGGCAUGAGAAUUACUUCAAAUCAACCACAUACCACUGUCACACAAGCAAACUCAGCUCUAGACAGUAGACUGGAAUCCAUGGCAACGCAAGUCAAGGAUGUUUUACCACAAGUCCCAAUAACUGUAAUCAGAAAAAAUAUAAGUAUGUUAGUCAUUAUACAUUUAUACGCUUAAACAUACGAAUAAAAAUUCAAAUAAACAAGAUGUCAAGUUGUAUGUAUUUAUUGUUCCCUGUCAUUUAACUGCGUUAUAGAUUUGGAAUAAGUUAUACCUACGUCAACUCACAAUAUAAUAUACUGCACUGUAUGCUUGACGACUGGUUACAAGUUGUUACAGGAUUGUUGCAAGUUGUUACAGGAUUGUUACAAGUUGUUACAGGAUUGUUACAAGUUGUUACACAAGUCGAGGAUAGAUUGCGACACCUUUUUAUAUGAGUUUAUGUGUGGCUUUCAUUUCCUGUCAAACUUCCCAAGAAUUCCAAAGGGCCUUUGCUUCAUUAGACUUGUUGAUAUACUGUAGUCAUAUUCCUGUCUGUGCAAACACGAAACUUGUCAAAUUGUUAGUUAUUAAUUUUCUGUGCAUUUUUUUAUAGAAACGACGAAAUGUAUAGAUACAACGAUCAGUAAUAUCCUUGAAGGAAAAGUAUCUUACACUCCAGAACUACCUGGGCAAAAGACUCAAGAAAAACCAGAGCCUAAGGUCUGAAAAUGCUUCCUGCUUUUGGAGUGGAAUUUUUCAAACAAUUUUUGUACACCAAACACAACAAUUUUUAACACACACGUUUGUUUUAAAUAGAGUAAUCCAUCAACGAGCAAAGUUGCUGCAAAUACGUUUGGAAGGGACUCGACAGAAAGGCAUUUAUCUUUUCAAGAAAGAAAGAAAGCUUUCAUAGAAGCUGCCAGACAGUAAGUUUAACGAGUGCAUGUUACGACAUUGAAGCGUAUCUGAAAACAUUCAACCUUGCAUAGUUUACGGACAGAAGAAAUAAGUUUUAAUUUUUAACCAUUUAUUUUUCAGGAGGUAUAUUGCCAAGCACAAUCUCAAUGUUAUGUGAACAGCUACGGACAGUUGAAGUUGCUGGAAGUUCCUUCUUGUGUCAGAUCCUGAAAAUGAUGUUGUUGAUUUUCAAGAGCUUGCGUGCGUGGUGAAAUUUGAACUUUGCAGCAAAUAGUUGCAAGAAAAAUGAAAAUUAACAUUGACCAUUGUUGUAUUAGGUGGAAACUGACUAUUUAAACGAAACGCGCGCAGCACGAAACAGUAUUCACGAAACAACGCGCGCAGCACGAAACAAUAUUCAGAAUUGACGAGUAGGAUUACGGUCCAUUUGCGCGCGUCGCCAUCACUGGUACGACGCAGCUUGGCACGAGAAAGUGAAAUCAGAAGUCUUUAUACAAAACACGUGUUUUUCAGCGAAUGGACCCUAGAAGUACUUACCGGCUUACGUCACGUAAUUUUCGAACAAUUAAUUAUUGACCCAAAAAUAUCCCACAAUGCACUGUGCAUUCUAGAAAUUCUCCGUAUUCAAAAUUGCGUGACGUAAGCACUUUUCCCUUUGUCCACAUCGCUUUUGCUAACGUGAUAAGCUAUGUCGGCAAAGGAAAGUGACUUGGCGCGAACAAAUUCUCGCAACAUAGAUAUAUUUAUGUAAGAGGGUACUCCUUAUCUUCCCCAAAAUGAAAUAUCUAAACUGAUACCUGAAAUAUCUUGAAAACAAAGAACAUGAAAAUGUUGUACUAUGGAUAGAAUAACUUUUAUUAAACCUAAACGUUAUUGCCAAUGCUCCCAUAAGAUAUCUGAAGCAGCUGGUAGAGAACAAUAAGUAAUUGCAUUCUAGUUGUUGUGACUAUAUAUUAUUUGUCCAAAAUAAAAAUUAUUAUGUUUAAUUUCUUUAUACACUUUUCAUUCAUUUUGGGUUGGCACAAAGCUCUAGGAAGACGUUCUGUGAUUGGUUGAUCAUGACAAUGACAAAAGAAUAAGCUAUUGAAUGGAUUUUCUAAAGAACGAAGCAAGAACAACAUUCCUUUUGUUUAUGUAAACCAAUUAAGUCUUGUCAUUGUCAUAACCAACCAGUCACAGAACAUCUUCCUAGAGCUUCGUGUUUACUAUUUACUACCAACAAUGCCUUCAUCAUUGCAAAAUUGUUACAACUUUGUUACAAUGUUAUUAGGUUAGCCAGGUUAAUACAAUUCUAAGGCUUUCAGACACAUUGGAUGGGCAGUUGCCUCUUUGCCCCAGAGUGUCUGCCACUACCUGCAGGGUGCAAAUCUUAGAUCUAACUAUACACAUUAGAAUUUUCUUCUUUUAUUCAUUUUGGAUACUAGCAUUUCUCAACCUGGUAUCCAAACUGAUCCAGAAGUCUUUUAUAUUAUUUCAGUUUCAUAUACUACCAUAAUCUCAGACUAUUGACCCCCUCCCCAGACAGCUUCAAUUUUUCAGGAACUUUGAUAGCAGGGGGGAUUAUUAGAGAGGGAGGCUUAAAAUGGCACAAGCGAAUCAAAAGACAUGUGUUUUUACAGCAAGGGAGCUUCAUAGGAGAGGGCUUAAUGGAAACAGGGGCUUAAUUUCUUCAUUAAGAAAUAAUACAGAGAGGGGGCUUAAUAGAGAGAUUACGGUAUUUUGAUUAAUUAUAUAUUAUUUUUUAUAUUACAUUCUGUAUAGAAACAUCAUCAUGAAGAUGAACUACUCAAACUAUGUAAAUAGUUGGUACUAUGUAAAUAGUUGGUAUUGAUGAAUGAGCCAUCUGUCUGCAUGAAUUAUCAGACAGAAAUUUGUCAAGAUAGGUUCACAUUUAUCCAAUAGAGCUUUUUUGUGUCUUUUUCCUGUUCUCUAUAAACCAUUACCAAACAAUUUCCGAUCUGGCCACAGAGGUUUUUGGGGUAUCAGAGGCAUGUUUGCCUGAGUGCAGGCCAGUGAACUAUAUACAUAUAUAGUUACUAUAUGUUCAGUGGUGCAGCCUGCCUUGUAAUCCACCACCACUAUGACGUCAUUAAAACACCAUCCAAUUCAUAGACUUCAUAUAAAUCAUUGCUAAAAACUCAUAAUUUUCUUCAAUAUUUUAACAUAAAGUUCUCCUUAGAUUAGGCCAGCGUCUACAGCACUCCAGUAUAACAUAGAUCAAUAACACAGAGACUAUAAUAGCGACGGCCAACGCAAUCAACACUAUCCCCCAUACAGGCAGAAGGCAGGCAGAGUCUUUACAUUCGUAUGAACAACACCACAUACGACCAUCAUCACAUUCAAACGAAGACGAACAAGGUACACCAAUACACUCCGUGGUAGUUCUACAAUGACCAGAGCCUGCCUUACCACAACAUACUGGCUUAGGGUCUGAACAAUCAUCACUUGAACUACAUGUUUUGAGUGGUGUCGAUGUAGACCGAAGUGUAGACGUAGUGACUUGACACUCGAUCUGUCCACAAAUCCAGAGAAAAAUCAGUAAUAAAACGCGUUGUUUAACAGUGUUCAUCUUGAAGUUUCGAUAUGUGAGAACUGCCUCGAGAACUGCCACGUACUGAAUUCAACACUUCCUUGCUUUAAUAUGAUAUUUAAAACUUUAUUGACAAAAAAUCGACAUUUGACACUGUUGUUGUGCCAAUAUUUUCUGCAUUGUUUGCAAAAAUUCCUCAUAUAUUUCAACUGAUUUCGACCAAUAAUAUAAUGUAGAAUCGUAUCCUAUAUAAAGCAGUUUUUGCAGGUAGUUCAACC